GGAGCCACAGAGAGCUGCGCCACGGCGAGGCAGGACACGGCACGGUAGUACACAGGAGGACUGGAACGGGUGAAUGCAGUCCUCAACGCAGGACACUGCUGCAGACACUUUUCCUCCAUUUUCGGAGAUAAGAGGGCGCUCAGAGUAAUCUUAAUCCAGACAGGGGAGAGGAAUUUGGCUCACUCCAACAUUUUUUUUCCGUAAUUCGCGUGCAGAGGCUAAACAGUGGCCAGGGGGACACGUUAGACCGCGGUCAAUAGCUGUCGGUAGCUACCCGAGUGUGAAUGCACAGCUCUCAGUUGGCAAACUCCGUAUUCCUUUGAAAGUAUUGACAGCUUUAAAGUACCAGAAGGUACCAUACGGAAGCAUAUUUGGGUAAAGCUGUGUGGAAAGGAGACGUCUGUCCGCCAUGGAGAACUCUCACACGAAGAGUGUGGAAGAAGUUUACAGUUAUUUCUGCGUCAAUGAAAGCACAGGACUUUCCCUGGACGAAGUGAAACGACAGAAGGAGAAAUGGGGCCUAAACGAGUUACCAGCUGAAGAAGGGAAAUCUUUGUGGGAGCUUGUCCUUGAACAGUUUGAAGAUUUACUUGUUCGAAUUCUUCUGCUGGCUGCGUGUAUAUCUUUUGUCCUGGCCUGGUUUGAGGAGGGGGAAGAAACUAUCACAGCCUUUGUGGAGCCAUUUGUAAUCUUACUCAUUCUUAUAGCCAAUGCCAUCGUCGGGGUGUGGCAGGAACGCAAUGCUGAGGAUGCCAUUGAGGCACUUAAGGAGUAUGAGCCUGAGAUGGGGAAAGUGUACCGGCAGGACAGGAAAACUGUGCAGAGGAUCAAGGCCAGAGACAUUGUGCCUGGUGACAUUGUAGAGAUUGCUGUUGGAGACAAGGUACCUGCUGACAUCCGCAUCUGUUCAAUCAAAUCAACAACCUUGAGGGUAGACCAGUCCAUUCUGACCGGUGAAUCUAUCUCUGUCAUCAAACACACUGACCCUGUGCCCGACCCACGUGCUGUCAAUCAGGACAAGAAGAACAUGCUCUUCUCUGGUACAAACAUUGCAGCAGGGAAGGCUGUGGGUGUGGUUGUGGCCACUGGUGUUAACACAGAAAUCGGUAAGAUCCGUGACGAGAUGGUAGCGACCGAGCAGGAGAAGACGCCCCUGCAGCAGAAGUUGGACGAGUUUGGCGAGCAGCUGUCCAAAGUCAUCUCCCUCAUCUGCAUUGCCGUGUGGAUCAUCAAUAUCGGACACUUCAACGACCCCGUGCAUGGAGGCUCCUGGAUUCGUGGGGCGGUCUACUACUUCAAGAUCGCGGUGGCACUGGCUGUGGCCGCCAUCCCUGAGGGCCUUCCUGCCGUUAUCACUACCUGCCUGGCCCUAGGCACUCGCCGCAUGGCCAAGAAGAACGCCAUCGUCCGCAGCCUUCCAUCAGUAGAGACUCUGGGCUGCACCUCUGUCAUCUGCUCUGACAAGACAGGAACCCUGACCACCAACCAGAUGUCUGUCUGCAGAAUGUUCGUUGUCAACAAAGCCGAAGGUGACAGCUGCUCUCUGUCAGAGUUCACCAUCACAGGUUCUACCUACGCACCCGAGGGAGAAGUGUACCAGGAUGGUAAACCAGUGAAGUGCUCCCAAUAUGAUUCCCUGGUUGAACUUGCCACCAUCUGUGCCUUGUGUAAUGAUUCCUCCCUGGACUUCAAUGAGGUGAAGGGUGUGUAUGAGAAAGUUGGUGAGGCCACAGAGACUGCGCUGACCUGUCUGGUGGAGAAGAUGAAUGUCUUUGAAACUGAAGUCCACAACCUGUCCAAGAUUGACAGAGCUAACGCCUGUAACUCAGUGAUCAAGCAGCUGAUGAGGAAGGAGUUCACCCUAGAGUUCUCCAGAGACAGGAAAUCCAUGUCUGUCUACUGUACCCCCAACAAGUCUCGUUCUUCCAUGGGCAAGAUGUUUGUCAAGGGGGCCCCAGAGGGAGUUAUUGAGAGAUGCACUCAUGUCAGAGUUGGAAACAGCAAAGUUCCCCUCCGCAAAGGUAUCAAAGAAAAGAUCAUGUCUGUGAUCCGUGACUACGGGACAGGUCGUGACACCUUAAGGUGCCUGGCUCUGGCCACACGGGACAGCCCACCCAAAAUGGAGGACAUGAUACUGUCUGACACCACCAAAUUCUCGGAUUACGAGUCCGACCUGACCUUCAUCGGCUGCGUCGGUAUGCUGGACCCUCCCAGACAGGAGGUGGCUGCCUCCAUCAAGCUGUGCCACCAGGCCGGCAUACGGGUCAUCAUGAUCACUGGGGACAACAAGGGCACAGCUGUGGCUAUCUGCCGCCGCAUUGGCAUCAUGACCGAGGAGGACGACGUCGAGGGCAUGGCCUUCACCGGACGAGAGUUUGAUGAACUCUCCCCAUACACGCAGCGGGAGGCUGUGACUCGUGCGCGCUGUUUCGCCCGCGUCGAGCCUUCCCACAAGUCCAAGAUCGUUGAGUUCUUGCAAGGAUUUGACGAGAUCACUGCUAUGACAGGUGAUGGAGUGAACGAUGCCCCUGCUUUGAAGAAGGCAGAGAUUGGCAUCGCCAUGGGCUCUGGCACUGCCGUGGCCAAGUCAGCCUCUGAGAUGGUCCUCGCCGAUGAUAACUUCUCUUCUAUUGUGGCUGCCGUUGAAGAAGGCAGAGCUAUUUACAAUAACAUGAAGCAAUUCAUCAGAUACCUUAUCUCCUCCAAUGUGGGAGAGGUUGUAUGCAUUUUUCUUACCGCUGCACUGGGUUUUCCUGAGGCUCUGAUCCCAGUUCAGCUGCUCUGGGUCAACCUGGUGACAGAUGGGCUCCCUGCCACCGCCCUCGGCUUCAACCCCCCAGAUCUAGACAUCAUGGAGAAGCCUCCCCGCAACGCUAAGGAGCCCCUCAUCUCUGGCUGGCUCUUCUUCAGAUACUUAGCCAUUGGAGGCUACGUGGGUGCAGCCACAGUGGGAGCUGCUGCCUGGUGGUUCACAAUCUCUGAUGAUGGACCUCAGAUCAGUCUAUACCAGCUGAGCCACUUCCUCCAGUGCGGCCCAGACAACCCAGAGUUCGACGGCCUGGACUGCCAAGUGUUCGAGUCACCCUACCCCAUGACCAUGGCCCUGUCUGUGCUUGUCACCAUUGAGAUGUGCAAUGCUCUGAACAGUCUGUCAGAGAACCAGUCCCUUCUGCGGAUGCCUCCCUGGGAGAACAUUUGGCUGCUGGGAGCCAUCUGCCUCUCCAUGUCGCUCCACUUCCUAAUCCUCUAUGUGGAACCUCUGCCUGUCAUCUUCCAGAUAACCCCUCUGGAUAUUACCCAGUGGAUGAUGGUGCUGAAGAUCUCCCUGCCAGUCAUCCUGCUGGACGAGCUGCUAAAGUUUUUGGCCAGGAACAACUUGGACUUUGGUAAACAGCUGGAGAGCCCAGCUAGAAAAGGUUGCUCUCUGUCUGCAUGUGCUGAGGGCAUUUCCUGGCCCUUUGUGGCUAUCUCCCUGCCUCUGGUGCUGUGGAUCUACAGCACUGACACUAAUGUGUCUGCCAUGUUGUGGCCCUGACUGACUCCAGUACACCAACCCCCACGUGCACUAGUGUGAAGUGGACAUUAACACACACAUCUAACACAGCUGCAUUAACUCGGAACAACUUACAGUCAACACUUGCACCUGCUCUGACAGCCUGUCUGCUGUCAGAUCUUUUGUAUUUAGGACAUUUUCACCAGUAUGUGUU